AUGAGCAGCGAAUGUGUGUUACCUUACUACACGGCCCACAGCUACCGUUCAAUGGGCGUGUUCAAUACCUGCAUGGGGGACCUGCAGCGACAGCUGUACAAGGGAGGAGAGUAUGAUAUCUUCAAGCAUGCACCAAUGUUUGAGAGCGACUUUAUCCAGAUCAGCAAAAAAGGAGAGAUGAUUGACGUACACAAUCGCAUCCGAAUGGUGACCGUGGGCAUCGCAUCCACCAGCCCCAUCCUCCCACUACCUGACGUCAUGCUGCUGGCCCGACCAACUAAAGUCUGUGAGGAGCAUGCCAGACACGCCCGGCCCACCAAGGGGAGAGGUCGCAGGCCUGGGAAGAUCCUAGAGCUCACCAGGCUGCUGCCCUUGAAGUUUGUCAAGAUCUCCAUCCACAAUCGUGAGAAACAGCAGCUGCGCCUGAAGCUUGCCACGGGUCGUACUUUUUAUCUGCAACUGUGUCCCUCUCCAAAUGCCCGAGAAGACCUAUUUUGCUACUGGGAAAAACUUGUCUAUCUCCUGAGACCACCGGUGGAGAGUUGCAGCAGUACCCCGACGCAACAAACCGGGGGAGAUGAAGGGAGCCUGCUGACCGCAGAGUUCCCUGGAGAAGAUCAGAAUGAGGCGAGGCUGUGCAAUCUUUGCGAUGUGUCCAGAGCCACUUCUUCUGGCUAUGCUGGGGGAGAAGGCAUGCCCGGUUCAACUCCCGUCAAGAAAACUCCAGUGACUGCUGAAGGAGCAGCGAAGGGGGCACCCACAGGCCUGGCAGUAGCAGGAGCAGCAACAAGUCCCACAGCAAACAUGGCAGCAGCAGGGGUGCUAACAAGCCCUCAAGCCAGGGUGGCGGCCGCAGGAGCAGGAAAAAGCCCCGCAGCGAGAGUGGCAGCAGCAGGUGCGGUGAAAAGCCCCACCGCAAACGUGGUAGCAGCAGGAGCGGGAGCAAGUCCCACCGCGGGUGCUUUGAGCAUAGCAGCAACCAAGAAUACAGAAGCAGGCCAGAUAGGCUCCGCCCUGGCUGGAGCCACCACCAAGGGUCCAGGGGAAGGUGGACCCAGCACGGUUGUGGCGGGUGCUACCAACGUGACCUCGGAAGGCAAGAACGUGCUCUUGGUGGGUGCUGCCAGCUCGUCCUCAUUAGGUACGUCCAUCGCUACGGCGGGCGCUGCCAGUCUCUCCCCGAAGAGCAGCACCAGCGUGACGUUUGUCAGUGCGGUGACAGCCAAAAACCCGGACGUAGAAAGAACUGAGAGCCAAGUAUCAGGACCCCUGGCGUCCACCCUGAAGAGCGAAGGCUUCGCCAGUGAACGGGAUGGAAGCCAGGAGGCCUCCCAGCCCACAGAAGCUCGGAGGGACAAAAAUGAAAAGAGCGAAAAGAAGGAGAGAAGGGUCUCUAGGAAAGCUUCCCAUCACCGCAGGAGAGGAGGGAGCAAGGCGGUCCGGAAAUCCUCCUCCCACCAGUCAUCCUCUGGCCAUAAAAGCACGAGAGACGACAACAAAGAAAAGGGGUCGAGCAGCGCAAAGGGCAGAAGACACGGCACCCGCAAGAGUGCCAGCCGCAGCUCCACGGCGAAGGAGGCGAGGAUAGCUUGCAAGGUGGGGAAGAGCAGGUCCACCAGCUCGGGCACUUUGAGCAAGAAGUCCAGUAGGAUUGGCUCCUUCUUCAGGAGCUUCCGAGUCACCCGCGGUUCAAAAACUGAGGUCUCGUCACACAACAGGGAGAUGGACUUCAAGGCUAAGAAGGUAGAGAAGCACAACAUAGAGGCCACAGUAGAUCAAGCCCCGGGUGGCCAGGAUCUGGAGAUCUGUGGGACUGUGACCUCGCAGAUGAUGGAGACGAUCGUCAUUGAAGCCAAAUCCAUUUAA